AAAAUUCUCCAACCGGGGGCCCAUCCAUCCAUCCAUCCUCGACACCACCGUCUCCGCUUCCCUUUCCAUUCGCGCCGCCACCUCGCCGUCGCACCCAGCGGCGGCGCCGCCGUGCCGGAGGAGCGGCGAUGUGGUGCCAGUCGUGCAAGGAGGAGUACGAGGAGGAGGACGCCGGGACGUGCAAGGAGUGCUACGAGGAGGCGAGCGAGACGGAGGAGGAGCUCAAGCGCGAGAUCGACGACCUCCGCUCCCGCCUCCACUUCCUCCGCCUCCCUUCCCCUUCCCUCGACGCCUCCUCCCUCUCCCACUCCGACCUCCUCCUCCACGCCAUCCCCGCCGAUGCGCCCGCCCGCCCCGACACCCCCGCCGUCCCCGCCCACCGCGUCAUCCUCGCCAGCAGAUCUCCUGUUUUCAGAGCUAUGCUUGAGAACGAGAUGGAAGAGAGCCGGAGUGGCAUCAUCAAAAUAUACGAUGUGUCCUACGACGUCCUUCGUGCUUUCGUCCAUUACAUGUACACAGCAGAAGCUCUCCUUGACGAGCAGAUGGCAUCUGAUCUCCUGGUGUUGGCUGAGAAGUACGAAGUGAAGAACCUGAAGGCCUACUGUGAGAAAUUCUUAACAUCCAAAGUGAGCAACGACAAUGCCAUCACGCAUUAUGCGUUUGCGCAUCGCCACAGCGCGAAGCAGCUGCUCGAGACAUCCCUGGCAGCGAUCAUGGACAACAUGUCAACGCUGGCAGAUCGGGAGGAAUACAAGGAGCUUGUUGAGAAGGACCCAAGGCUUGUUGUGGAGAUAUAUGAAGCCUAUCUGAACAGACAAGUGAACACUGCUGCUGGGAAGGAGACAGAUUCCAGUAGUAGGAAGGGGUAAUUCAAAAGAAAACUGCUAUCAGAGAUGUAAUUAAUGUUCUAACCAAGCUUUUGCAUGUUCAUGCUAGGCAAAGACUGGCACAUCAAAUUGUCAUCCUGCGGUGUAGGCGCAGAACAGCUAUUUCUGUAUAUGCUUGAAUUGAUACUGUGUGCUCGCUACUGAUAGAAUGAGAUCUAUUGCCAUCUUUAUGUAACAUAUAGGUCAACUGAUAUGUGAUGAUCAUCAAACACACUCAGUAUGAACAAAAAACUAAGUGUAAACUAUUUGCAACGUUGAACGGUUAAAUUGAUUACCA